AUGACGUGGAAUGUGCAUUACAUGGGCAUCCUGGCCAUCAUCGUAUUCUACUUGCUCAUCCUGCUCGUCGGAAUUUGGGCGGCCAGAAAAUCUAAAGGUGAUGAUGAUGAUGACGACGAGGAUGAUGAUGUUUGUAUGUAUGUGUGUAUGUACGUGUGUGUGUGUGUAUGUAUGUCAACGUGGGUAGGAGGAGCUUACAUCAAUGGAACGGCUGAAGCCAUAUUUGCCAGUGACCUUGGAUUAGCCUGGUGUCAGGCCCCAUUUGGAUACGCCCUAAGUUUGGUCCUUGGUGGGUUGUUUUUCGCGAAUAAAAUGCGAACAGAGGGCUACGUGACUAUGCUGGACCCCUUCCAACAGAAAUACGGCGAACGAAUGGGUGGGUUGUUGUACCUGCCGGCCCUCAUGGGAGAAGUCUUUUGGUCCGCGGCCAUAUUAGCCGCCCUAGGUUCAACGCUAGCGGUUAUUAUAGACAUGGAUAACAACACAGCCAUCAUAUUAUCGGCAUGUAUUGCUGUUGCGUAUACCUUGUUCGGUGGUCUAUACUCUGUUGCGUAUACGGAUGUUGCGCAGCUGUUUUGCAUCUUUUUAGGACUGUGGCUAGCUGUACCAUUUGCACUAACUCACAAAGCCAUGGAGGGCAGAAGUAUUGUUAGUAAGCCGAUCACCUGGUUGGGCACCAUUGAAAAAAAAGCCGUCGGAUCUUGGUUCGAUUCAGCUCUUUUGCUUGUUUUUGGCGGCAUUCCUUGGCAGGUAUAUUUUCAGAGGGUUCUAUCGGCCCGUUCUCCAGGAAGGGCCCAAGCGAUGUCGUACGCGGCGGCCCUAGGCUGUCUUAUCCUAGCUCUACCACCAGUUCUCAUUGGAGCCAUAGCUAAAACAGCUAAUUGGAACGAAACAGACCUGAUGUACGUGAAGAACAUAACAAUUAGCGAAUCGGAGCAUAGAAAACUAAUUCUCCCAAUGGUUCUGCAAUAUCUUUGCCCAUCCUGGGUGACCUUUAUAGGGCUUGGAGCGGUUUCGGCUGCUGUCAUGUCGUCCGCUGAUUCUUCGGUCCUCUCUGCCAGCUCCAUGUUUGCUAGAAAUAUCUACAAGUCAAUUUUUAGACAAAAGGCUUCAGAAAUCGAAAUAAUCUGGGUUAUGCGAGUCGGUAUAUUCGGUGUCGGUAUAAUGGCAAUGGUGAUGGGCAUCCUCAUCAAAUCGAUUUACGAGUUAUGGUACCUCUGCGGCGACCUGGUCUACGUCAUUCUCUUUCCACAACUCGUGUCGGUAAUUUACCUGAAAGGGUCCAACACUUACGGCUCUCUGGCUGGUUUCGUGGUAGGUGUGACUAUGCGGCUGCUAGGCGGUGAGAAUGCCUUUCGUCUGAAGGCGAUAAUCCACUACCCCGAUUACGACGAAGAGAAUAACGUGCAGUAUUUUCCGUUUAAGACUCUGACGAUGCUAAUUAGCUUCGGCCUGAUCGUCAUCAUAUCCUACCCGUUGAAGAUCCUGUUCGAAAGGCGGAUUCUUCCCAAAAGCUGGGACGUUUUCCAGUGCAUCGUGAACAUUCCGGACGAGAUGAUUGUGCUGAAGGAAUCGGAGGGUGUGAAUGGAGAGGUAGUGGUAGGGAACAUUUAUUUUUUUAUUUUUAAAAAUUGUUGA